CAAUGGUUGCCAAGCGUCGCAGCGUCUACAGCAUGAUGACCAAGGGUCCUAUGUACACGGGCGCCACGCUGCGGUUUACCCACGGCCCGUACUACGCGCCGUCGCCGGACGUUGUCGCCGACAAGGGCAUGACCCGCGAGGACAUUGAAGCGCGCAUCCACCGCAUCCAUUGUGCUCAACGAGUCUUGUGGGACUGCGGCGAAGAAAAGUACAAUUUUGAUUCGCAAGACGUCGACGACAUGGCUCUGGUCUUGAAGGCGUGUGAGGCCACGACCCUCGAGGAGCUCUCGGCCGCCGACACGACCCGUCUCGACAAGCUGGUUCGCCGCGUCCACACCAAGCUCCAAGUCCUGCAAGUGGUCAUUUUGCGCUUGCAACGACGUCUCGCCAUGCUAGACCGCGAACGCGACAUGUGCGAGGCUUUGGGUCUCGGCCGCAAGCCGUUCUGCGCGAUCACCGACGCAGAGAAGAUUCCGCUGCGUUUCUUGAUCGGCUCCGAUUGGAAGGAUGUCAAGUCGGUCGCCGACGUUGCUUGUAGCGUCAGCGAAGCACAGAAGCGCCACCAGAGAACGCUGUGGAGGAUCCAAGUGAGGGGCAUCACCAAGCGCUGCACGUGCUGCCGGUUCUACAAGCACGCUUCUCGGUACACGCUGCGACGCGACUGCCGAGACGUGACUCGCUUCGACACGCAGUCUCACUGGGAAGACGAAGACAUGGCGAUUGACGAUGACGUGGCACGUGCGUGGGACGAGGAAGCGAGCGUUUUGGACGAUGACGACGACGACGACGACGAUCUCACCCACGACGGCGAUGACGACGACGACGACAUGAUGCAGUACGACUUUUGCGCGAUCGACGUCCCCGAAGAAGAGACGGCCAGCGUGGCGCAUACGUGCAGUACGAUGUAA